ACGACGACGUGAGCGAGCGGCGUGAGCGAACAAGAUUCUUAUCAAUUUUACUCGACACCUCAGUUUAAACAAUAUAUUUUCUCCAUAAAAGGGAAACGUACAUACUAGUAAAGAGAAUAACUGUGUCCAAGUGAAAAGUUCGAAGAACGGAGGAGAGCAAAAGUGCAUUGGUCUGCGUCGCUCUUGGGAUCCCGGAGCAACAGCUUCAGCCUUCACCUCCUGAUCUGCGACGGUCAUGAUUCGGUGCCACCAAGUCUCAAGCGCCCCAACUGUGCUCCUCAUCCUCCUCUUAAGCCUUACGAUUGAACCCAACAGCACCAGCCCUGCGACCGAGGACAAAGAGGCGGUCAGCCGUCAGUAUGGACCACCCUCUCCUGAGCUUACACAGACACAGUCCACCCAAGAAAGGGGAAGUCAGCGAGCAGCACAGAAUGAAGAGGAACAGGGGGAUGAACUUUUUAAAGAUGUUGACCCCAAAACCCUGGCAGCGGUUCUCCUAGAGGCCCUCAACAAGCCUCAGGCAGACAUGAUGGCAAACAAAAAUGGAGAAGAGAAGGACAAGGUAGAGGAGGAGAGGGAGACUCAACGGGCUGGCAGGGACAGAGAUGGGCGUCAGGAGCUGGAGCUGGUGAUGGCAGCUGCUGCAGCACAAGGUAGAGAGGAGCGUGAGAGGGAGGAAGAUGAAGAGAGAAAAAGAGCGGAGGAGGAAGAAGAGCGACUCACAGAAAAAGUGACAAGUCGUACCACCAGUCAAACAGUGCGAGUGAAAGAAGUGGAGGCGGACGCAAAAGGAGUGGCGAGCAAGGGGGGCCAGCAGGAGCAAGAGGGAGGCACAGACAGGGAGAAAGAGGAGCAGCUGAGCCCCGAAGAACUGAAGAAUCUGGAGACCGUGCUCGAGGAGUUUCAGAGCUACAGCACAGCCACAAAAAGAGAGCGUGACUCUUCAACCAAUCAGAGGGAGAGUCGAGGCAACUACCUCGACUAUCUGGACCGCAAUGGCCUCGUGAACAAUGAGAUCAAACCCAAAGCCAAGGGCUAUGACUUGUCCGUGUCCAAGAAGAAGCUCAAGUGGCAGCAGGAGCAAGAGGAGAACAAGAAUGGGCCAUUGUACAGGGGAGGGAACUUCAUGGAUGAUUUUAAUGACAACUUUGAGAACCAAGAGGAGGAAAAUGAGGAGGAUGAGGAUGAUGAGGAGAUGUUGAGUCCUGAAGAGGAAGAGGUUAGGGCUAAAGCGGAGCAGGAAGAGGUGCGCCGUCAAGCAGCAGAGGCCCAGAGAGCCAAGGUAGAAGAAGAGAAGUUAGCAGAUAUUGCAUCAGAUAUGCUCCUACAAUACAUGGUCAAGCAAGAUGGGAAGAAGUACAAUAAUGCAGCAGAGGACAAACGCUCAGAAGAAGAGGACACCAAUGAUGAUGAUGAUAUUGACCCACAAACUAUUGACAAGUUGAUUGAGAUCUCAAGUAAACUGCACCUGCCUGCUGACGAUGUGGUAGACAUAAUCAGUGAUGUGGAGAAGAAGAAGAAAAAGGACGCACCUGAAAAUCUGCAGUUCCAGCAUCCUCUUGUACCUCUUCCAGCCCCUGUAGCUCCAUCUACAGCCUUAAGAGCACCAGCUCCCCCAAAACCACCCAAACCUAACACAAACCCCUUCAAAGCAUGGUUCAAAGACAGGGCUUCUGUUAAGCCCAGUAAGCAAGAUUCUUGGAUCAAGCAACAGUGGCCCUUUCGUGCCUACCCCUCCUAUCGUUUCUACCAAAAGCCCUACAGUAGCUACUACCCCAUCUACAUCCCAUCUCCCAAGCCCAAAGCACGUUACUACACCAAGCCAUCCUACUCCCUUAAUGACAUCCUGGGGAAUUCAAUGGACUAUGACUUUGAUUACUCCCUCAAACGUAGGUACCGCCCCUGGGCACAGCCUCGCCAAAGGGCUCCUCCGGCCUUCCGGCGGAACCUCUACUUCCCUAACUAUGUUGUCCCUCAUCCUCGGACUUUCAAAGCCGUGCCAAUGCCCAAGGCCCGAUCACCACUGCGUCGUCGGCCUGCAUUCUAUUACCCACCCCCAGCUUCUGUAGUCACCAGACAGGAUGACUAUUACAGCCAGUUGGAGCAGCCACAGCAUGACAGCGAUGAGGAGUUAGAGAACUUCAUCGAGAAGGUUUUCCUGAAACGCCCUCGCAUGUUUCAGUGAAGGUGUAUAUAAAACUGCAAGAGAUUUGGAGGAAAAGCAGGAGAGCAAGAAAGAGAACAACUGAAAGACUGUUUCGGCCACACUACCAUAUUUUAGUUUACAGAAAUACGUUUGUUCUUUCACAUUCAUUCCCUUUUAGGUUCAUUUGAACAAUUUGCCUGGAGACUGUUGACUGUUGCCAUUUUUCAACACUGUUCAGCUGAACAGUGCUCUCUUGAUUAGAAUGCAACAAGAGAUGACAUCAGGAUUCUUCUUCACAUUCUUUUCACCUCAUCGACGACAGUCCUCCCCUUAACAGACUGAAUAGAGAGUUACGACAUGGGGAAAGGGUGCUUUUGUCUGUUGUGUGGGUACACACAGGGCUCAAAUACCCAACUUAAAUUCCUUCCUAUAUACUCCAAGAAGGCCUUGCAAAAGCAUAGAGAUCAAUGGGACAUCCCUUUGUAAGCCUUACCUUUAUGUUUUGAUAGUUUGUAAUGUUAUGAAACUUUUUUUUUUUUAAAAAACAUAGUCAUUUUCAUUGAGUAUGAAAUAGAAGAACAGCAAAAAAAUUUAAUUGCACCUUUAAAGAAUGCAUGCACCAAGAGCAUGUUUAUUCAACUCCAUUCAAAUUCAAUCAUGCUCAAACAUUAGAAUCAAAGAUCAGUGCCAUAUUGUUGGAAAUGUUUGGGUUUGGUUCAUCCUAUCAAGAAAUGUAUUGAGUCUUAACUGUACCUAAAAGUAUUCUGCUUAAACAUUUAGCGUUUGUGUAUGCUCAUGUAAAAGAACACACUCAGCCCUGUACAUAGUAUGUCUGUAGUGUGACAUUUUUUUCUUUCAAAGUGUUUUUAAUAUAGUUUUCUACACAAAACUGAUAGUUGGUGCAAAGAACGCUCAUACAUUCCAAAUAUUUCUAAGAACAAGCUGUUUCACAGGAGCUGUUUUGAAUACAGUUAUUUAUUGCCUUAUUAAGACACUCUCUUUCCCUUUUGAGAAAAGCAGCAUUUUGUCAUUGAUGGGUUGGCAGGUUUAAUCCUGGUUACAGGGAUUUUGUGGAUAUACAAAUUCAAGAUGAAUCUAGCUAAAAACUAUGGUCAGCAACCAAGACAGUAAAGACAUAUUUAAAUUGCAUAUAGGAUGCAAAGCUACCUUUUUUGAUUUUAUCCUAUAUUUAUUAGCACCACUUUCAAGGUUUUGUUGAUUGGAUUCUACAAGCGUGAUGUCUCUUGGAUAUUUCCUCUUUAUGAACAACUAAAUCUAAACCAAGAGAUUAGAGUCAAUGAAAGUAUUUUUUUCCCCAAAUAGCACUGACAAUCUUUUGAAACAGAACAUAUUGGUUAUGAUCAAUAGAUUUCCUCACACAACAGUUUGAAGUCCAGCCAGAGGCAGAAUCCUAUUUAAGGUCAGACUUCAUGCUAAGAAAAAGUGCAUGAGACCAUCAAUAAUUCAUUCUUCUCACUGAAUCCUGUAACUGGGUAUGGUUGGAACAAAAUGUUGAGACAAAAAACUUUCAGAAAGCUUCUUCUAAGGCUUCUUUUUACUGAAAAUGUUUUGGGGAGAAUAACUAUAACAACAACAGUCCUUCAGUACUCAUAUCUUGCAAAUGUCAACGAGUGGAUCCCAUAGAGCACAGAGCUAUGCUGGCCAGACUGUUUGCUAAAAUUUUGACUCAACCCAAAAGGACAGUGAGGAAAAUGACAAAAAGCUAGAAUGGUGGGGGAGGGGGGGAGUGCUCAACAUUCAAAUUCUUUUAAGCAAAUUUUUUAAAUAUGGGAAGAGAAGAAAGCUGAGGCUCGAAAAAUGAACGAAGAUCAAAGAUCUGACAUAGCAGAGGAGACAAGUGUCUGCACGUUUAUGUGAACUUGCAUCUAAAAUGUGUUGGUUCUUUAAAUACAUUAUGAGCAUUCAAAAAAAAAAGUAUAAAAAAAUACAAAAGAUGAAUGAAUAGCAUAUCAGAGUAACAAAAAAAAUUAAGUCCUAUAUAAGGAAAGUCAGCUGUUUGUCAUUUCUAGAUGUACCUUGUACGUAUCGUAAUAAACAUGCGUUUGCUGGAUGUAAAUAACCGCAUGUUGAUGACUAGUUUUGCUACACAAAGAAAAUGAAAUAAAAUCAACUAUUUUUUAUUA